AUGGUCCUGCUGCUGCUCUUGACCAUGCUGUGGGGUGGGUCACAGGCUCAGGACGCAAGGUACAAGCUGCACAUGCAGAGAGUGGUGACGCUACAAAAGGGCCUGUGUGCACUUUUGCCCUGCACCGUCAAAUACCCCCAAAUUGGCUGGACCCAGGAGACUCGGGCUUGUGGCUUCUGGUACCGAGUGGGGUCCCCGAAGAGUCCCGUGGCUACCAACUGCUCUCCUGAAAACGUGCAUCACAGCACCAAUGGGCGGUUCCAGCUUCUGGGCCAGCCCAAGGACUGGAGCUGCUCCUUGCUCAUCACAGACGUCCAGGAAAGUGACCGGGGUGUCUAUUACUUCCGAGUGGAGAGGGGGCGCACAGUGCUCUACAAUUACAUGCAGUACCAGCUCUCCCUGGAAGUGACAGAUCUGACCCAGAAGCCCGACAUCUACAUCCUUGAGCCCCUGAGGCCUGGACACCGGGCGACCGUCAUCUGUGUGUUCAACACCUCUGCGGAGUGUCCGGCCCCCACCUUCUCCUGGGAGGGGGCUGCCGUCUCUUGGAGGAGGACCCAAGCCGGCACCCACAUGUCUUCGGUGCUCACGCUCGAACCCAGACCCCAGGACCACAGCACCGACCUCACCUGCCGUGUGCGCUUUGCCCCAAGCGGCUUGAGCACAGAGAAGAAGCUGAGGCUGGAAGUGGCCUAUGCCCCCAAAGACAUGGUCAUCAGGGUUUCUCGGGCCAAAGGGGCAGCCCCGCAGCUCCAGGAAAGAGACUCUCCCCUGCAGGCCCGGAAAGGCCAGUUUCUGCAGCUGCUCUGUGAGGCCGACAGCCUGCCCCACGCCACUCUGACCUGGGCCCUGGAGGGCCGAGUGGUGUCGUGCUCCCGUCCGCAGGGCCCCGAGGCCCUAGCGCUGGUGCUGCCCGCAGUGACGGAGGGAGACGCGGGGACCUACACCUGCCGGGCGGAGAACCCGCUGGGCUCACAGAACCGCAGUCUCCACCUGGUCGUGCAGUAUCCCCCUGAAAACCUGAGAGUGGUGUUCACCAUGGAAAAUAGGACAGUCCUGGAAACCUCCAGCAAAACCACAAGCUUCUGGGUGCUUCAGGGCCGGAGCCUGCAGCUGCUCUGCGUGGCCCACAGCAACCCUCCAGCCAACGUCAGCUGGGCUGGGGGCCCGCUGGCGCCGAACCCUGUGCAGUCACGGGAUCCGGGGCUCCUGCUCCUGCCCAGGGUUCAGCCGGACCAGGAAGGAGAAUUUACCUGCAGCGCUGAGAACCUGCUCGGCUCCCAGAGCGUGUCUGUCCACAUCCAAGUGCACUCCUCCCCGCUGUUGCUGGGCCCCUCCUGCUCCUGGGAGGCCCAGGGCCUACACUGUAGCUGCUUCUCCCACGCCCGGCCCGCCCCUGCCCUGCACUGGUGGCUGGAUCAGGGGCUGCUGCUGGAGAACCGCAGCAACGCCUCCUUCCAGGUCACCUCCAGCUCCCAGGGGCCCUGGGCCAACAGCUCCCUGAGCCUCCGGGACGGCUUCGGCGCCGGCCUCACGGUCCGCUGCGAGGCCCGGAAUGUCCAUGGGUCCCAGAGUGCCUGGGUCCUGCUGCUGCCAGAUGAGGAGGGAUUCCUAUCCAAGCAUUUCUCCAGUGGAGCCCUCGUGGGCGCUGGCGUGUCGGCGCUCCUGUCCCUCUGUGUCAUCCUGAUUCUAGUGAAGACACUAAAGAAGAGGAAGGUGAAUGGGGAGCAGGCAGAGAGGCUGUCCCGGAGGAGCACUAUCCUGGACUACAUCAACGUGUUUCCUCGCGCUAGGCCUCCGGCUCAGAAUCGAGAGACCAAACCAAGUGAUCCUCAGCCUCCUGCCCCGGCUCCCUCCCCACAAGCCUGGACCAACCAGAAGCAGCAGCAGCAGUGUCCCGUGGGUCCCAGGGGCCACCCAGGACCCACAGCGUCCGCGCAGGCCCUGCAGAGCAACCAGGACGAGGUCCAUUACUCAAGCCUCCGCUUCCAUGAGCGCCGGGCCCGGGAUCCGCAGGAGCCCAGAGAGAGCCAAGAAGAGUACGCGGAAAUCAGGUUCCGCUGAGCCCACGGGGACAGAGGGCUGUGUCCCCCAGUGCGAGGGCUGGGGGCCAGGGAGGAGAGAAAGCAUUGAAGAGAAGGAACCCAGAGGGAAGGUCUCCUCAAAAACUAAUCCUGGGAUCAGAGAAAUAGUGCAGCAGGGACGGUGCUUGCUUUGCACAUGGUUGACCCUGUUCAAGUUCCGGCACCAACUAGGGUUCCCCGAGCACUGCCAGGAUGAGCACAGAGCCAGGAGUAAGGCCUGAGCACCACCAAGUGUGGCCCCCCCAAAAUCCUCCAAGGAUGAUCUGAUCUGCUGGACAAGUCUCUCCUCCAGAACCAAGAAGCUUCUGGAAAAACCCCAGCAGGGCAUCAUGUUGCGCGGACCUCAGAAAUGGUCAGUCCCUAAGAGACCACGAGGCAGUUCUCUGCCUGCUGGGCCAGUGCUCUCCUGGGGGCCUGGUCAUCACUCCGCUGAGCUUUGGUUUGGUUACUUUAUAUGUUAAAAAU